AUGAGGGUCAUCAAGCCCAAUUGGGUCGAGCAUGCGGCUGGUGAGCUUAUUGACGACUUUCAAGCUGACGAUCAGGCGAGAAGAAGACGAAGAGCCCCAUCUACUCCCUCUCCGUGCAUCCCGAUGGGACGCGAUUGGCGACGGGUGGCCAAGGUCAAGAUCUGGUCGACGCUGCCGAUCCUGGAUGCCGAGGCGGCUGAGAACGAGGCGAACCACAAGCUCCUCUGCACGAUGUCGGCGCACACUGGCCCGGUCUUGACUGUGCGUUGGGCGCAUCAUGGCCGCUACCUCGCAAGUGGGAGUGACGACGCCGUGUUGCUUGUGUGGGACCUCGAUCCCUCGGGUGGAGGAAGGGUGUUCGGUUCCGAGGAAGUCAACGUUGAGAACUGGAAGGCGCUCCGCCGCUUAGUUGGGCACGUCGCCGACGUCGUCGACUGCGCGUGGUCUCGCGACGAUUCGAUGCUGGCUUCUGUCGGUCUCGAUUCCAAAAUCAUCAUCUGGGACGGAUUCACUUUUGGUACGUGGUCUCCGUGGAUGCUCGCUAACAGCACAGAGCGUAUCAAGACGAUCGAUACGCACCAGGGUUUCGUGAAGGGCGUCACUUGGGACCCCGUCGGGAACUACCUCGCCACUCAGUCCGACGACAAGACGGUGCGCAUCUGGAAUACGGAGACUUGGCAGGAGGUGCAAGUGAUCAGCAAGCCUUUCGAACUGUCUCCGCAGUCGACCUUCUUCCGCCGUCUGAGUUGGUCUCCUGAUGGUGCGUUUAUCGCCGCCUCGAACGCCAUGAACGGGCCGGUGUUCGUUGCUGCUGUUAUCGAGCGUGAAGGAUGGCAGUCCAACAUUUCCUUCGUCGGCCACCAAAACACUAUUCAGGUCGCCGCGUUCAAUCCGCGUUUGUUCUUCCAGAAGGGCGAGACGCCUAGCAGGGUUAACGCCUCGUGUAUGCUCGCUCUCGGAGCCGAUGACUACAACAUCUCCAUCUGGCGCAACACCAUGCACAAACCGCUCGUCGUCAUCCGUGACGUCUUCAUGCGCCAGCUGCUGGAUCUCGACUGGGCGAACGACGGCCUGACGCUCUACGGCUGCUCAGCGGACGGGACCAUUUGCACGAUCAAGUUUGAGGAGGGCGAGUUCCCAGAGCUCGCGGAGGCGGACAUGACGUCCAAGAUUCUCGAUGAGUACGGAUACAAAUCAACGCGGAAACGCAUCGCACCCUCCAAGCCCCUGUCUGUGUCAUCGUCCUUCACCGCACCCCCACCCGGUGCAACAGAACAUGUCAAUGUCAUCAUUCCUCGCAAGAGCAACAAACCGAAGGGUCGCCGCAUCAACCUGUCCGGUACUAUGACAGGCGGCGCAUCAAGCUCGAACGGACCACUACGACCGAGCAUGGGUGGCCGUGCACCCCUCGCACGUCCUGCUGCAUCUCCCCCUCGCAGCGGGGCCCAGGAUGCCUUCUCCCGCGCCGCCGAGGAGCCUCUGAGCUUUGGCUCGGGAUCAGCCGCCACUGCCAGCAUGUUUGCGGGCAUGGAUGACUCGCGUGUCGGCGACAAGCGCAAGUUUGGCUUUGAGGACGACAACCGCGCAGCCAAGGGAAGGACCAUGGGAGCCAGCCGACCGAUGGCGCGCAUCGAAGAGAUUCGCGCCCCCCGUGUGGUACUCGGCGGACAGGCGUCGGGAAGCGGCGGCCACGUGCUCCCCAUCCCAUCAGUUCAGAGUGCACUCCGCGUUCAGCAGACGGAUGGACACGGUGUCCUGACUGCCGAGAAUGCGUCGGACGACAGCGGCAGCAACACGGUCUCCCUGAGCAUCAACAACCAGGACGUGUGGACCGACUUCAUCCCCUCGCCGGCGCUGGCCGUCGUGUCGACUGCAUCAUUCUCCGCCGUCGCAUCCGAGGACGGCUCUGUGCGGGUCUACUCCGCCGCUGGAAGGCAUGACGCCCGUCGUGGCAAUGUCGUCGUCACCCCUACGUCGAUGGCGCAUCUUCUCGACGUCGCUUCCACUUCCGGAGGCUCACCCACAACCCUCCAGGUGAUGGCAGCUUCUGUGUGCCCCAACGGCUGCCCUGUCGUGGUCACCUCUGAGCCUGCUGGAUGGGCGUUCGACUCUGGUGUCGGAGCAUGGACCCAAGUCGCAUCACCUUGGUGGGCUGGUUCGCCCCUGAACGAGACCAGGACCCGCGGCGGCCGCGCUCCGGCAGCAGGCUGGAUUCUCGCCGAGAUUGAGGCAAAGUUCCCAGCCGACCCGCCCCAGAUCCGCAACAAGCCGCAGUGGUGGGACGAAGCGCUCAGCUUGGGUCACUACGAAACGCGUCUCAAUGCUACGCGUCUCCUUGGCUCCAAGGACGAGUACCUGCAUUGGCUGAAGCAGUACGCCAAAUACCUCGGCGACGAGAACUUCCGUGAGCGUGCCGAGGAGCUCAUCGCGGACCUGAUGGGCCCGAUCUACUAUUUGUCCGGUAAGCCCAACUGGACCCCCAACGUCAUGGCGGGCCUCGUUAAGCGCGAUGCCGCCGUCGCUGCGUUGCAGGCCAUGCGCCACACGUCCGCCCUCGGUGGAUUUGCCAAUGAGCAACUGAACAUCCUCAGGAGGAUGCAGGGCAGUGAGCAGGAGUGGCUUUAG